UCUCACCAUUCUUCAUAAGUUCGCAACAUGAGGUUCUUUUACAAGACUCUGCCGGUCUUCUGGAUGCUGUUGGAAGGGGUUUUCGCUGGGCCCUGGAGUGCCUGGAUGCCCGAGAACAUCGCUGCCCUCGAGGGCACCUGUGUGGUCAUCCCCUGCCGCUUCAACUACCCCGAAGAGCUGCGUCCGUCGGCAGUGCACGGCAUCUGGUACUUCAACAGCCCUUACCCCAAAAACUACCCUCCGGUGGUCUACAAGUCCCGCACCAACAUUGUCCACGAGAGCUACGUUGGGCGCACCCGGCUGCUGGGGGACCUGAACGCGCGCAACUGCUCUCUGCAGAUCACCCGCCUCAGCCCGGAGCUGACCGGCAAAUAUUACUUCCGUGGGGACCUGGGUGGCUACAAUCAGUACACCUACUCAGAGCACUGCAACCUCGAGAUUAUCAACAAACCCACCAUUGUGACCCCGCCGGAAGUGGUGGAAGGAUCAGAGGUAGAACUGCGCUGCGUGGUACCCGACAACUGCCCCGAGAUGAAACCCGUCGUCUCGUGGACCAACCACGAGGGCCUGGCCGAGUACUCGGUCUACGGGCAGGUGGAGGAGGAGGGCAGCACCUGGUCCCUCAUUUCCAUUCUUAAGUUCCUACCUUCGCGGGAGAACAACCAUCAGGAGUUGGGCUGCAGGAUCAACUACGUCAACACCACCUUCGAGUUUGAUGCUGCCGCCACCCUGGAUGUCAAAUACAUACCCCGUAUUGUGCAAGCGAAUGCCUCUGCAGAGGUAAUACAGGGCUCACCAGUGGUAUUGGUGUGCACUGUGGACAGCAACCCCCUGGCCCUGAUCUCAUGGCUCAGGGAAGAGGACGUCCUGUACGAAGCCCUGGGCGGGAGCCUCACACUGCGCAUCGAAAACGUCACCUACCUGCAGGACGGCAUCUACACUUGCGUGGCCGAGAACAUCUACGGAAAGGAGAACCAUUCUCUGGCCUUGACUGUGAUGUAUGCCCCCUGGAAACCCACAGUGAAUGUGUCAGUGGUGGCGGUCGAGGGAGAUCCUGUGACCAUCCUCUGCAGCACGCAGAGCAACCCGGAGCCCAUCAUCACCAUCUUCAAGGAGCAGAAGGUCAUGAAGACUGUGGUCUAUAAUAACCAGCUGGCCCUGGAGUUCUCAUCUGUGACACACGAGGAUGACGGCGAAUACUGGUGCAUCGCUGAAAACCAGUUUGGCCAACGUGGCAGCGCCUUCAACCUGACCAUUGAAUUUGCCCCCCUGAUCCUCCCCGAGUCCAAGUGCACGGCCGCCCGGGACACGGUGCAGUGCAUCUGCGCGGCCAAAUCGAACCCGGAGGCCAUGAUCGUCUUCAAGCUGCCCACCCGCAACGUGACGGUGAACGAGACCGACCGGGAGUUCGUGUACUCGCAGAGAACCGGCUACACGGUCACCAGCAUCCUGACCUUGCGGGGGGAGGUGGACUCUCAGCUGUACAUCGUCUGCUCUGCCAGGAACCUCUACGGCACCAAGGACCAGCAGCUCCAAUUCCACCACUCCAACAGUCUGAUGUGGGCAAAAGUCGGGCCGGUGGGAGCGGUUGUCGCCUUUGCAAUCCUCAUAGCCGUGGUGUGUUACGUCAGCCAGACCAGGAGAAAGAAAAACAUGAAUGAAAGCUCAAGCUUCAUGCAGACAGAAAACCCUCCCGUCAUCUACAGCGGAGACUGCAAGACUCCGGGCAACCUGGAGAAAUCAGAGUACGGACGCCACCCGGGCAGCGACAAACGGCUCUUGAGCAAGCGUGAGGACCUGGGCAUCGACUACGCCAACAUAGACUUCACCAAACUGCCCACCAAGGAUAGCUACACCCUGACGGAGGAGCUGGCUGAAUACGCCGAGAUCCGAGUCAAGUGAGACUUGCUCCCCGCAACCGCGGCCGCUCCCACGGAUCUCC